AUGUCAAAAGACCCAUACUUUGAAGUCAAAUCCACAAAAUCCGAACUGAAUGCCACUUUAUCAGGUUUAAUGGCCGAUUUAUUAGAAUUAAAUGAUACAGUCAACGUUUUAGAAGAAGAUUUCAAAACGGUUGGAAAAAGUAAAUUCGGUUUAAGUUUAGAUGAGAUUCGAAAGAGAAGAGUUUGGGUUGUUAAGUGUGAAGGAGAGUUGAAGAGGAUGUUGGAUGAGGUUAAUGAACCUUUGAAGUCUACUCUUGUUCAUCCACUUUCUAAAACUUAUUCGAAUGAAAACGAAGAAGAAGAAGAUCGAAACGCAAAAAAUGGAAAUGAAGAUGAUCUUGAAGCCUAUCAACAAGAACAAGAAUCUAUCAUUCUUCAUCAACAAGAUCAAACCUUAGGUACUAUCUCAGGUGUAGUAGGUGUUUUAAGGGAACAAGCUAGUUUGAUGGGUCGAGAACUCUUUGAUCAAACUCAGUUAAGAAUCAUUCCCCAAAACCUUUCAAAACAAACAUCAUUCUAA